AUGAUAAAUUCUAAGGAACAGUUGAUGGCAAUUAAAGUAGUGGAGAACGAUCUACCCAGGCCGCUCGUAAAAGCUAAAGCAUAUGUAUCUCCACUUCCGUUUCCCCAAAGACUUCGAAAGAAGUCGAUAGAGCAAAAUAUUCAUAUCAUAAAUCCAAAGAGUGAGGUACAAUCGCCAGAGAUCACUACAGAGAGACCCAAAAGAAAAGAUGAUCAAGAAGUGAUUGAUGAAGCUACAAGGGUAGAAAAAUCUGCACCAAACGCAAGUGAAAAUGGAGAAAGUACAGAAACAUCAACUGCCAAAACACCAAGUCUAGACAAAGCUUACAUGCCUCUCAUUCUCUUUCCUCAAAAGCUCAAGAAGAACAAACAAGAUACAAAAUAUGAAAAAUUCCUCGAUGUUCUCAAGAAACUCCAGAUCAAUGUUCCGCUCAUUGAUGCGAUACUACAAUUUCCAAGCUAUAAGAAAUUUUUGAAAGAGAUGUUUACAAAGAAAAGAAAGCUUCCGGAGUUUGAAACUGUGGCAUUAACUGAGGAAAGUAGUGCAAGAGUCCAGAGAAAAUUGCCUCCUAAAUUGAAGGAUCCAGGGAGUUUUACUUUAUCAGUUUCAAUUGGAAAUUCCUAUUCAACUAAUGCAUUGUGUGACACUGGUGCUAAUAUGCUUAGAGCAACAUCAAUAACGCUGCAACUCGCUGAUAGAACAAUCGCAAGGCCACGUGGAAAAGUUGAGGAUAUACUCGUAAAAGUAGGAAAUUUAAUAUUUCCUGUGAAUUUCAUUGUAUUGGACAUACCAGAAGAUCGAGAUAUUCCAAUUAUAUUGGGUCGACCAUUCUUAGCAACGGGACGAACCCUUAUUGACAUAGAGAAGGGAGAACUAAUCUUGAGGGUGGAGGAUAAAUAG